AUGACGGUCGAAGCAGUGAACCCUAAGGCGUAUCCGCUUGCUGAUUCUCAGCUUGCGAUAACAAUCCUUGACCUUGUUCAACAAGCUACUAACUACAAGCAGCUCAAGAAGGGAGCUAAUGAAGCUACCAAGACACUGAACCGUGGGAUCUCCGAGUUCGUUGUGAUGGCUGCUGAUGCUGAGCCUCUCGAGAUUCUUCUCCAUCUUCCUCUGCUUGCCGAAGAUAAGAAUGUGCCGUAUGUGUUCGUACCUUCGAAACAAGCGCUGGGAAGAGCAUGUGGAGUGACAAGACCGGUGAUUGCUUGCUCUGUAACAUCGAACGAAGCAAGCCAGUUGAAAACUCAGAUCCAGCAGCUCAAGGAUGCUAUUGAGAAGCUCCUGAUCUAA